AUGAAGACCGACCCGGUGAAGAUACACCUACGUGACGACGCCGUGCCACACGCCGUACACACAGCCAGGAGAGUCCCACUGCCACUCCUUUCGAAAGUCCAAGCUGAGCUACAGCGCAUGGAGGAACAUGGCGUGAUUGUCAAAGUGACACAACCGACAGAAUGGUGCGCGCCAAUGGUGCCAGUCCUGAAGCCGUCAGGCGCCGUCAGAAUCUGUGUAGGGCUCCAGAAGCUGAAUGAGAACCUGAAGAGAGAAACUUACCAGCUACCUACCACAGAUGAGACGCUGGCUAAGCUGGCGGGCUCCACCAAGUACCUGGUUGGCAUGGACAAAUUUAGACUCAUAACAGAUCACAAGCCGCUGGUACCGCUGAUAAACAGCAAAGACCUAGACGCGGUGCCUGUUAGGUGUCAGAGACUUUUGAUGAGGCUUAUGCGCUUCAAUGCAAAGGCCGAGUACGCACCGGGCAAAACGUUGGUCAUAUCCGACGCACUGUCACGCAGCCCGCUGAAGGAGAGCUACAGCACUACGGAAGCAGUCAUUGCGAGCCACGUGAACGCAGUGACACACAGCUGGCCUGUCUCACAAAGCAAGCUGGACCGGAUCAGGACAGCCACGCAGGAGGACCCACAGCUCCAGCACGUGAGAAAGCUGAUCAGGGAUGGAUGGCCCAAACGAGACGACCCACUAUUGGCUUUAAUGAGCUACCGCGCCACCCCCACCACAUCCACAGGAGUGAGCCCGGCAGAAAUGCUCAUGGGGCGUAAGAUUCGCACCACACUGCCAUCUCUAAAGAAAAACCUCAUUCCAAUGCAGCCAAACCGUGACCUCAUCCGUCGCCGUGAUGAAGAAGCCAAACAACAACAGGCAUUCUACUACAACCGGAGACACGGAGCGAGGGACUUGCCACCCUUGCACACAGGUGACCACGUCCUGUCCAAGCUGGACGGGGAGAAGGUGUGGAAAGGUCGAGCAUCGGUGCAGCAGGAGUGCGGCACGCCGCGCUCAUACCAGGUGAAGUCGCCAGGAGGAGGAGAGAUGAGGAGAAACAGGCGUCAUCUUCAACAAGUGCCGCCACCGAUGGAAGAGGAGAACACAGACUCUGGGCAACCUGCCACAGAGCCAGAGCAAGAAGCACCACAACACGGCUCUGACCAGGGACUAGAGUCCAGCAAGGCGAAGCGCGAGCCACCCUGGCGGCGAGAGCAGCGCCGGGAUCCCGAGAAGCAGUGUGCGGAGAACGCCGGGAAGCAGCCGCCAACGGCCGUACGGCAGGUGCCCACGAAGCGUAUGCGAGCCACCAGCAGAGGCACCGGCAGAGGCACCAGCAGACAGACAUAG